ACGCCUUGACAUUAAAAAACUGCCAUUAAAAUGAGCGCAGAUGAUUAUUGUGUUCGCUCAUAAACACCCGCACAGUCCCGCCAGCUCUAAUAUUAGUGGCGCAUAGACAAAACGGAGAAAAUCAUCCUGAUUGGCGUCGCAACUGUCCGGUCCAGUCAGGGUUUUUUCACCUCUGCAUGCGGUGGGUUUCGAUGCGUCUCGCCCUCUCUUCCUGCAACUGAACCGGUGGAUACUCGCAGCCAGAGCCACUAUCUGAAACAACUCCCGCGGCUGGUGUUGAGAGGGGACCCUGUGGAUGUUGAGCUGCGCUCUUGGAAUAGGACAAAUGUUUAGCAUGUAAAUCAAACCUCCUGGAGGUUUUCAGCCAGUUCAGUCUCUUUUUCACACUCGCAAGAACAAUGUCGAGCAGAAGGAAGUCCACCACCCCCUGCAUGGUGCUUCAGUCAGAUGGUGUAGAGCAGGAUCCAGAUAUGGAGGCCCUGGAAGGGAAUGUAGGAGCUGAAAGUAUGGCAGACGGUCCUACAGAGGGAGCAGUGGUUCCCAUGGAAACAGAGACAGAAUAUGAGGGGUGCCAUUUCGCAAGUGAGGAUUGUUGUUCUUCUGGAAAACGCUCCGGGCAAUCAUCGAUAGAUCAGCCCAUCUCUGAUCUGACUGCUGAGGGUGUUUUUUUGCAGACAGAGAUUGAAGACAGUGAUGACCCCUCAGUUUCUGGCAUCUCUCUCAGCAAGACUCCCAUAAUGAAAAUGAAAAGCAAGUCUGAACCCAAGAGAAUAGCUAUGUCUCUUAAAGGCACAAGUGAAAGUGAGACAGUGGCUGAAAGUGAGAUGGAACUGGAGCCGUUAGAAGCAUCGGUCAUUGGCACGUCAAUGGCAGGAGAGCUGCUGAGCCCAUUUCUCGCUGAUUCCGUAAAGCCCAGUGUUCUUUUCAACAUUUCAAACCCUGUGGUUGCAGAUCAGAAGAAGCUGGUGAUGAACUCUGCAACGGUUAUUCCGGCUGGCCUGGCCCAGGUUCUUUCUGCCUUGCAGGCCCAGCAGAGUGCUCAAGCACAACUUCUAAUACCUGUGAGCAGUAUUCCCACCUACAAUGCUGCCAUGGAUACCAAUGCAGUCCUGGUUAACACUUAUAAGAAGUUCCCAUACCCGUCAGUCUCGGAGAUCAUGGGACUUGCAACCCAGACCAAGUUCAGUGAGGAGCAGAUCAAGAUCUGGUUUUCUGCUCAGCGGCUGAAGCAUGGUGUUAGCUGGACCCCAGAGGAGGUUGAGGAAGCCAGGAGAAAGCAGUUUAAUGGCACAGUUCACACAGUGCCCCAGACCAUCACGGUCAUCCCGGCUCAUCAUCUCUCAGCCACCAAUGGCCUGCAGUCCAUUCUUCAGACCUGCCAGAUUGUUGGGCAACCAGGUUUGGUUUUGACCCAGGUUGGCACAGCAAACAGCCUCCCAGUGUCCACCCCAAUAACGCUGACUCUAGCAGGAAUGCCCAAUCAGAGCCAGACACCCAAGAUCGCAACCAAUCAGACAAGCCCUGUACUUAGUGAAACUAAGAGAGCGACUACAGUUCAACCCCCAUCUUUGACCCCUCAGGAAAACUCUGCUCUCAGUGCUGACCACUUUGGCCUGCGGCCUAAGAAAUCCAAGGAACAGCUGGCUGAAUUGAAAGCAAGUUAUCUGAAGAAUCAGUUUGCCAGUGAUGCUGAGAUAGCUAGACUGAUGAAUUUAACCAACCUCACUAAAGGAGAAAUCAAAAAGUGGUUUAGUGACACCCGAUACAACCAGCGCAAUUCUAAGAACAACCAUGCCUUCCUCUCUAAUGACAAUCCCAGGAGCAAUAGCAGUGCCACCAUUAUUAUCGAUUCCAGUGACGAAACACCUCAGUCUCCAAUGCCAUCACCCAUCAAAGAGAAGGAGACACGCUCCAAGACCUGGAACCCAUUCCCAGACUUCACGCUGCAGAAAUUUAAAGAAAAGACCCCAGAGCAGUUGAUCGUCUUGGAGGAAAGUUUUCAAAAAUGCGACAUACCAACUGAUGAAGAGCUCAGUCGACUGAGGGCCGUGACAAAGCUCACCAGACGAGAGAUCGAUGCCUGGUUUACUGAAAAGAGAAAAUCCCCGGCAGCAGAGACCUCAGAGUCGAAAGCAGAUGGUGAAAUAUCCCAAAAGAAGGGCAGCCAAACUCCUCCUGGGGGUAAAAGGAUGAUCAAAGAAAAGGUUAGUAAGAAAACUCCAGAGCAGCUACACGUUCUGAAGACUGCAUUUGUACGCACCCAGUGGCCCUCCACAGAAGAAUACGACCAGCUGGCUGAGGAGAGUAAACUGCCUCGCUCCUACAUUGUCAACUGGUUUGGUGACACACGCUAUGCCUGGAAGAACGGCAACCUAAAGUGGUAUUUUUACUAUCAAAGUGGAAACAUCAAUGGCAGCAGAAACCGAAAACGAAGGAUUCGCAAUCGCGGUUGGGGGAGAACACGUACUAGAAAACCAAAGAAGCAUACAGAAUCAGAGAAGGCAUUACCAAUAAAGUUCAAGUCUGGGAGAGAAAUUCUGAAGGAAUACUACUUGAAGCACAAAUUCCUGAAUGAACAGGACCUGGAUGAACUGGUUGCCAAGACUAACAUGAGCUACGAGCAAGUGAGAGAGUGGUUUGCGGAGAUUCAUCGGAAGGAGGAAAUGGGUACCAACCCUUUUGAAGAUAAAACAGGAAAUAAAGAGCAAGAUGAGGAAGAGGAGGAAUCACAGGGCGAAAAUGAGACCACAAUUGAGGAGCAAGGACCUUCUGCAAUGGGAGAUGUUGAUGGUGAUGACGAUGAUGAUGAGGAAGACACAGAUGACAGUGAUACAUGGGAGCCUCCGCAGAGCAUUCAGAAAACGUUGGCCUCGUCCGAGGAUCUGUCUCUUUGAAUUGGGUUCAUUUUGGUUAAAGGUUGGGAGUGGCCAAGUGUCCUUGCAAAACGAUUAUUGUGGUAAAAAGCUCAUGAGUACAUGCCCUCCUUCACUGCACCAAUUCUGCUGACAUUUUCCAUAGCUUCACUUAAAGUUGGACAAGGUCCUUUGAUCAUAAAUGUUUUGGAGAAUGACUUCAGUGCACAUGUUUGUAUUUAGAAAUUCAUGUGAUGCAUGAACAGCAUUUCUCUCUGCGGCUCUGAAGUGCAUUGAUAACUCGAGCCCUUAGAUCAUCUUGACAUUUUCAUGCAUAUAAUUUGAGCUGAUUUUAAUGUCUACCAGAAUUGAUCUGCACCUUAAACUUUGCACAAGCAAAGAUAACCUAUUCGAAGCCUCUUUGCAGGGUGGAAAUUUCCUGAUUUCUAAGGUGGCUUUUCCUGUCAAUGGAGUCAAAUGGAAUUUCCUUAGUGCCAAAGGUAUUUUUUUUUUUAUGGUUCCCUGCGCUAUGGACCGAAUAGCUAAUUAAUGGAAUAUGCAUGAAUACGUUGUCAUCUGGACAGAAACACACAAGAGGCACUUUGGUGACCUCUAUAACGUGCUGAUCUAAACCAGCCACAUUAUUUGUGUAGCAGUUAAAGGGGUGUGAUCAAACAAAAUGUUCAAUUUGAGUGACUACGGUGUUUCAUCACUCUUUCCCAGUGUUUUUAUUGUGCACAAUGGAAAUUUCCAUUGCCUGGAUAUUUGAGGUACAGGACAGUACAUCCAACAGGAAGCUGAAGAUAGAUUUCUACAUACAAUACAGAGCUGUAGCCUUUUGUUCCUUUUCACUGCCAUAAUGUUGGUCAUCUUCACACAAUAACGGAUUGAAAUAGUACAUGAAGAAAAUUAUUUUGUGGAAAUGUCAGUGCUUGUGAUAAAUAGGAGAUUGUGACUAAUUUACUGCUAACAUGCUUUUCAACUGGACUGUUUUCAAGUAUUUUCUAAAAUUCAAUGGGAACAUGGAAAAUUUUAGUUUUAUUUUAUUACAAGUUUUUGCAAUUAGCUGUUCAUGGAAAUUAAGCUGUCAAAGAUGGUCAUCAGUUUUUUUUUGUUGCUUAUUUUGAGGGAUUUUUUUGUUUUUUAAACAUCAAAGAACCAUUGAUAAAUAAUUACCCUGUGGGAAGAUAUAAUUGAACUUUUUAAUUAUAAUAAUGCUUGUGCAUGAAUGCAGAGCACUAUAACAGGUACUUAAAAAAGGACCCCUGUGUAAGACAUUCAGUGUCUCCAUUAUAUUUGCAUGCGUCAGACAUUGAGAAUAACGAUGAACAGUUUUUGAAUUUGUACAUAUACCUUCACGCUCUACGAGUAAGUCUACAAAAGCAUUUUAUAAUCUUGUAUUUACGGUGAAAAUGAGUUUCUCUUUUAAACAAGUGGGUUGCUUGUAAUGCGAUCAUUCAGACAAUUAUUUUGCAGUUUUUCAGACCGAUAUUUACGGAUUUUUAAAAGCUCUUUCUUUACAUAUUUUUGACUUGCUUGCAACCCUGAACUUAUUCCCUAUGAAAACUGUAGUAUAGUACAGGCGAGAGGUCAAAGGUGCCUCCGUGAACAUGGUAAGUACUGUUUGAACAAAAUAGCACACACAAACUUGGUAACAUGCGUCCUCUCCACUGUUAAUAACUGCUCAUUUCAUGUUUUCUGUAGAGUUUGAGAACCUGCUACUGGGAUCUUGCUUUAACUGAAUGCAUUUAAUUGCAGAAUCAAAUCACAGUUGAAUUUUUGUCACUAAUCGUGUUAAACUGCCAGUGUAUUUCUAAAAGGUUAUGAAAGUAGUCUGGCUGUUACUAGGCUCUGUAAAACAAAAUUUUACAUGCACAAAUAAUAAUAAAGAUCUGGAACCAUCAUGGAUUGUGAUUUGAAACUCAUGACGGGCCUGAACUGAAGAUGCCCUGCUGUGGUGGGCUAUUUCCCAUAGCCACAGACCUUGUGCAAUGCUUUUAAUUUAAUUGAACUGUUUUAAUAGGCUUUUGCUUGUUUAAGACUAAAUAUAUAUUUUCUACUUGUUUGAGGACAACACAAUAAAUUUGGAUGAAA